CAACCUGUAUGUUUAUUUCAUUGUACAGCUGAUCAUUCCUGCAGUGCAAGUCGUUGUGUAUAUGGAUGUCAGCGUUACGAUCACUACAAAACUAGGUGUCUCUGUCCAGCCGGCAUGCGAGUUGCAGCAGAUGGCUACAACUGCGAAGAUAUCAACGAAUGCACAGAGGGCCUGGUUUCAUGCGGGAGAGACAGACGAUGUAAAAACACAUACGGGGAUUUCAUGUGUAUCUGUCGCCAUGGAUACCGAUUCAACUAUGUCAAUGGAAAGUUAAAAUGCGUGGCUGAAGAUAUUUGUAACAGUGGAGACCAUGAGUGUCACCGGCACGCCACCUGCGCCCUGACGAACUCCAAGGACGGAGGCUACAAGUGUACCUGUAAAAUGGGUUUUAUCGGUGAUGGCAAUAACUGCAUCCGGUUACAUCCACACACAUGUGAGAACCAUCCCUGUUUCGAGGGAGUGGCAUGUACAGAUCUCAACAUCCUUCCCAGCACGCAGCUUAUGGUGUUCCCCGAGAGUGGAGUGAUCUACAAGUAUGAAUGCGGCCGGUGCCCACCUACACAUUACGGCAAUGGAGAAUCAUGUACACCGUUCCCAACAUCGCCACCACCUACCACAACAAUACCCACAACAACGCCACCCCCGACAACGACAGUCGCAACAACAACUCCCGAGCCAACCACUACACCUGAACCAACGACAACACAUGCACCCACGACCACACCGGAACCUACAACAACACCGGAACCGACAACAACACCGGAACCGACAACGACUCCCGCGCCAACCACUACACCCGAACCUACAACAACACCAGAGCCUACAACUACACCAGAACCGACAACGACUCCCACGCCUACAACUACACCAGAACCUACCACAACACCAGAGCCUACAACUACGCCAGAACCAACGACAACACCAGCGCCAACCACAACACCAGAGCCAACCACAACGCCAGAGCCAACCACAACUCCAGAGCCAACCACAACGCCAGAACCAACAACAACACCUCAACCUACCACAAUCAUACCCACAUCUCCUCCUACCACCCCGGUGCCAACCGGUCUUACUGUGUUGACCAUGGACGGUUCGGCCCAACAGGCUCUGCUCCCUGACGUCCAGGUUCGAAUAAUCAGACCGACCGUCCAGGACUGGCCGGUGACGACGUCAAACUCGUCGACCACCGAUGACGGUCUCGUGUGGAUGGACAUCCCCGAAGGAGAACCCAUCAUCGUGGUCGCUUCCAAGAAAGGAUACAUGGAGACGUCCUCAACAUACCGCUUCCAACCAGGAGAAAAAAACGUUUUGCCGAUGCUGGUUCACAGGCAUCCACUGAGGAAGGAGUUUGUCUGGAUGUCUGGGAUGGAUCGCCUUGUAGAGUUCAGACCUAACAACGUUGGAAUACCAUACAGUGUCGAGAUUCCAGCAGGUAGUCUGGAUAUCCCUGAGGAAAGUAUCUUUGAGGUGAGGUUUUCGGGUGUGAACACGAGUAAUCCAUUGGAAUUAAAAGAGGUGCCUGAGCUGAUUGGUGCAGUAGAAUCUGCAGACGGAAUUAAAUUGACCGGACUAGAGGCCUUUUCGAUGGCCGAAGUGACGGUAGUCAACACGGAGACCAAUGAUCUUGUCGACGUCAUGCUGCCAUUUGAAGCCGAGUUCCCUCUCAAUAGAAAACCACGAGGUGCUCGUCAUGGAACUCGAAUCCCCGCCUGGUACUUCGAUAAGGCGACAGGCGUGUGGAAAAAAAGUGGUAUUGGUAAAGUGAAACGGAAUCAACACGGGGAGCUUGUGUGGAGCUUUCAGGCAAGACAUUUCACUUGGUGGAGUGCCAUGCAGCCCUGGCCAGAGACAUCCUGUAUUAUCAUCAGAACGUGCUACGACAAGAAAUGCAAACGGAUCGCCAGUUACGUCCCUGUUGAAGUGAACGGUCUUGAUUUCUCCUUUUCGUCCUCGAGUGUGACCAGUGCCGAAGGACGGACGUGCGCCCAGUUUAAGAUGGGCGGUCAGGUCAGGGUUUCGUCGCCCUGCUCCAAGAAGCCCAAGUUUAGGACAGGCACCCCCGGUGGCCCCUCGUAUUGCCCAGCCGAGUAUGAUACGCAGGUCCUGAGACCGUCCGAAGGGACCGUGACACAGGAGUGUGAAGAGGUCACUAUUGUAGUCAGAGAUGUAAGGUUGACACACUGUAACGAGCCGGACAUCCCUCGCUUCGCGAAGACGUAUUCCUCAGACUACAGGAUCGGUGGCAUGGUAUCCUUCGAGUGCACGGGUGGCUACCAACUGGUUGGCGAGUCGCAGAGGGCGUGCUUACCUUGCGGUAGAUGGAGCGGUAAAAACCCGGUCUGCAGACGGUCGACCGAAGAGUACACAUACGAAGUCCUUAGCACGAACUAUGACCCUGCGCGGGGGGUCGCCAGUAGCGUUUUUAUUCGAAACCGAGGAAGCAGCAGUAGCAGUAUGUAUUAUUCGAAACCAUCGAUUUGAUCUUGGCUUCAUAACGACCUGACUGGAUUGCGAUAUUUCUGUUUGUUUUUCCUGUUUUAUUUAUUUCAAAACAUAUCAGUUCGUGACGAUUCGACUGCGCUAAGCACAUCGAUGUCACCAUUUAUAAACAGAACUGUGAUGUCGAAGGUGACACAAAAUAGUGUAAGCUAUUCUUUGAUGUGUAGGCUAUGAGGAUUCGAGUGGUGGGGACAUCGCAAUGAAAAGAAUUAACGGACGCUAGAUGUAAGUGUUGUUUCGCGCUGAAUCGAAAAACCCUGUUCAAGAAUCUUUGAUAUUGACAUGACUCCGUGGAGAGUGAUGUUUCCAGAUGUAUUUGUAUCAUCUUGAUAUCGUCGAAGACAGUUCUUCCUCUGUAUAUUCGCUGGCUGCCUUGUCAUGGACAACAACUGUGUGCUUGAUUUGAUGACGCAAAUUCGGUUGGAACACGUAUUAUAAAGAACCUGACAAUACACACCGAAGAUGUGCGACGAUCUUAAUAUUGGAAGGGCAGACUAAUGUUAGAACCAUUAUCUGGUUACCAAAGCGUAUUUGAUGGAAAACGAAAUAGUGGAUAGUAUGGAAAAAAAGCUGUGCAUCUUUUGAUUUCAAAACAUUUACAGUGGUUGUAACAUUUGUUUUUCAGACUUACAUAUUACCUCUGACAAAAAAAGCUGUCACCAGACGUUUCUUGAUUGUAUGAGUGUGUUUAUUAGUUGAUGACGUUCUGUGCAUGCCUAAAAUGGUGCUUAUUUUAUACUGCAAAGCCAAGUAUUACUAUUCUAUAUACAUUCAUGUAUAUUGUGAAAUAGACGGACUAGUCUAUUAGGUUUAAC